UAGUGAGCAAACUGAACUGCAGAAUCAGCACAGGGCCAGCUCUAUAUAAGGAAGCCCUCACUGGCAUCGUCUUCUCCACAUCAAUCACCAGCUCACUCCUCGUGUGGGAGCUCCUCACAGUCACAGCUAGCAUCCAUCCAUCUUCUCCUGCGCAUCCUCGCUCUCUCUCUGAGCUCCUGAACAUGCCUCGCUUACUGCUGUUCUGCUUGGUCUCGAGCCAGCUCGCCAUGACUGCCGUCAUGGGGCGACCGUUUCCUGUCUUCCCCGGCGGCGGCGGCGGCGGCGAGCCGGCGAGCAUCGCAGAUGCUCCCUCGUCGUCGUCUUCUUCAGCUGCUGCUGCUGCUGGUGGCCAUCUGCUACAUGUGUAUUCACUUCUGGAGUCGGGCUUCGCGGAGUCGCCGCUGGGCUCUCACCACCGCAACCACAGCCCGUUCGACCGGAAGUUCGCCGGCGGCAAGGUCAUAUUGGGCGGCCUGGCAGCGGCCAUCUUCGCCGCCGUCUUCUGCUACAUCCGGAUCACGAGGAGGAAGAAGACCACAGAGCCCAAAUCUUGAUUGGUUAUUCUUUGCUGCUACUUAGUAGCUAAGCUCUUCUCUGAUUCGAUCAUAUCACACCUCAAAAAUGAAAAGAAAAAGAACUUCUCUUUUUUACAGAGAGGAUAUGAACAACACAUGUAACCCUCGUAGAUUCGUUGCGACACUGUAAAGAAUCCAUUGAUGAUGAAAUAGGAGACAAGAUUCAUCCUCUUCUUUUUCUCUUCUUGGAUUACUGAUGCAUGUUGAGCACACAUGCAUGCAUUGAUCGAUUGAUCCGGAUAGGCUUCAUGUCAUUUGGUUGGCUGAGCUGUACGCUUUUCGAGGACACCGUCCUGGGGUUGGACGGUGAUCAGUUUACGUGUGAUACCAGGAGUUAAUGCAGGCAUGUGACCAAAAAUGUUAGCUUUGUAGUACUCUAGAAAGCCCUAAUUUCCAGCCAAACU